AUGGCUUUGAAAACAAAGAAAAAUUCCUUGGCAGAUAAAAUAAAUUCUUUAAUUUCUACAAGACCAACAGUUUUUAAUUCUGAUGAUGAAACAGAAGAUACGAAAGCAAAAGUAGUUGAGCAUUAUAAUGAAAGUGAUAACUCAGAUAAUAAUUUCCAAGUUUCGCAAAUACGUAGACAAAAUUUAGAUUCCUUAGACCAAGUAGAUGAAAGAUAUAAAGGUAAAAAAAUUUCAAGAAAGAAUAUAUAUAACAACGAUAAUGAAGAUUUUGAUUUACAAAAUAUAUCAGACAGUGAAAAUGAAGAAAUGGAUAGUAUGGAGGAACAAACUGAUGAUGACAUAAAUGAUAGUAAUAAUGAAACAGAAAUUGAAAAUGAUGAUAGCAAUACUGAAGAUGAUGAAAGAGAUAAUAAUGUUAAUGAUGAUGACAUUUAUGAUAGUGAAAUAGAUGUAGAACAACAUUCUAAAGAUGAGGAAGAUAUAUCUGAUACUGAAAAUGAAAAUAUUGAUACCUCUUUUACAAAACAAGAAAAAGAUAUACAAACAAUAUCACAGACAAAUGUAAGAACAGAUAUAGAAAAAGGUAAUUGUGUUAGAAAUCAAUUAAAACUUUGGGAAAGUUUGUUAGAGGUAAGAAUAAAAUUACAAAAGUGUUUAAUCACAAGUAAUCAACUGCCUCAAUAUAAUGUUUACAAAGAUUUUAAAACAAAUACAGAAUAUAUGAAAACAGCUAAUGAAAUGACAAAUAAAUUGAAAACGUUAUUAAAUAAUAUGUUGCAAUUAGAAAGUUUUCUUUUAAAACAAUAUCCUGAAACAAAAAGUUUACCAGCACUUAAAAAAAAGAGAAAAGCUGAAGAAAGCACAGAUAAAAUAGCAAAUGCAGAAGACUCAAUAGAUGAAGAAAUUCCUUCGAGUACAGAAGAUGAAAAUACAGAAGAUAUUGACAAAAAUGUAUCUAAGAAAAAAUUAAAACUAUACAAUUAUGAGAAGAUAUUAAAUGAUAAUCAUAAAUCAUAUAUAGAAUACAGAAAUUCUGUUAUACAAAAAUGGAAUGAAAAGACAAGAAUAGCUAGUGGUAAAUUAAAUAAAGGUAUGAAUGAAUCAAUGUUGAACCAAAUUGAAUUUGCUUUAAAUGAUAAAGAAAAACUAUAUAAACGGAGUAGGCUAAAACGUUCAGAAUAUAAAAUCAUUGGUAAGACAGAAGCAGCAGAUGAUAAUGAUGGUCGCAGAAUUCAAGAAUAUGAUUCUGAAAUUUAUGACGAUGAUGAUUUCUAUCACCAACUUUUGAGAGAUUUAAUUGAAUAUAAGUCAGCUGGUAUUACUGAUCCUAUACAACUUAGCAAACAGUGGAUACAAUUACAAAAUAUGAGGCAUAAAAUGAAGAGAAAAAUAGAUACAAGAGCUACUAAAGGUAGAAGAAUACGAUAUAAUGUUCAUAAUAAAUUAAUAAAUUUUAUGGCUCCAAUUACAAUAAAUGAUAUAUGGAUGGAUCAUGCAAAAGAUGAACUGUACAAUUCUUUAUUUGGCAAAAUUAAAUGA